AUGGAAAAAAAGAAAUUGCCUUUACCGGAGAUCCCUGAGGAGCUGUUGAUCGAGAUUCUGAUGAGAUUGCCGGCGAAAUCUCUGAUGAGAUUCAAGUGUGUCUCAAAAAUCUGGCUUUCUCAUAUCUCCUCUCGAUUUUUCCCUUUCCUCAAAUCCUCACAGCGUUAUUGUUUCUUCGCGUGUUUUAUGGAUGGCCAGAAACGGAGCAAGCACGCGUUGAUCACAUCGUCGAAAUCGAAUCAUGAUCUUCGCUCGGACACAUCUGUUUUUGUGAUCGACCAAAGACCUACAGGCUUCUACUUCGUGGACGCUGUUCGUGGCUUGGCGUGUUUUAAAAAUAGGGAAAGACUGCGAAUUUGUAACCUCCACACGCUGCAGUUUGUGGAAUUGCCUGUAAUGAGACCUGGAGCUAAAGGGGUCGCCUAUUUUGGACACGAUCUUGUUCAUGAUUAAUACAAAGUGCUCCACUUGUUUUGGAAGAGCAUUGCUCACAUCUUCCAAAGGUGGUCUCGAAGGACAGGUCUCAUGAACUACAAAGGAAAAGUAGCUGCUUUCGACUAUUAUUGUGAUUUGAGUGAUGGAACUAUGGAUGUUUUGGUUAUUGAAGAUGCUGAGAAGAGUCAAUGGUCGGAGAAGAAGACUUUUACUUUGCCAGUUUCUCAGAUUAAUCUCGUCCAUGGAGAUCACGUGAGUAUGAGUGGCACUAGUCUCAGUGGUUUGGUUCCGAAAGGUAGAUCUCACGCGGAAUCAACCCUCACGCUUUUUCACAUAUGA